UACAAUGGAAUGUGGUUUUGUCAGCCAAUAAAAGGCGGAUGAAUUUUCAAGUUCAUAGUUACGAUAAUUGAAAUCAAAGAAGAAAAGUAAUAUUUUUUAUUUCCCCGAAAGACGUUAACGGGAAUGUGAAAGUGCCGAUGCUCGUGCCAAAUGAGCAGUGGCGGCGGCUAAUAAAUUAAACCAAGAAUUUUGAGUACACCAUGGAUUAGUGCGGGCCGUGACACGUAUCCAACUGCGGAAUAUCGUAAACAAAACAAACUGAAUUAAGUUUACCGUAUAACCAGCCAAAAAUAAGAACUAAACAUGGCUCUAACAAUGGAGAAGAAAAAUGAUCUUGACUUUAUCAUGAAGAGCUUGUUGGCUGGAGGUGUCGCCGGCAUGUGUGCCAAGACCACCGUAGCACCUCUAGACCGCAUCAAGAUCCUGCUGCAAGCCCAGUCCGUACACUAUAAGCACCACGGAGUCAUCGGCGGGCUCAUGGCCAUAGUCAAGCAGGAGUCACUACUGGCACUAUACAAGGGGAAUGGCGCCCAAAUGGUUCGGAUAUUCCCAUAUGCCGCCACACAGUUUACGAGCUUCGAGAUUUAUAAAAAGUAUCUAAGCGGCCUAAGCAUCCCGAUGAUCCAGCACGGCGACAAGUUCGUGGCGGGCGCCGGCGCCGGCGUGACGGCCGUCACGCUCACCUACCCGCUCGACACGAUACGCGCGCGGCUCGCGUUCCAGGUGACGGGCGAACAUCGGUACACGGGCAUCGCGCACACCGCCUCCACCAUGCUCCGCACGGAGGGCGGUAUCCGCGCGCUAUACCGCGGCUUCGUGCCGACGCUCUGCGGGAUGGUCCCUUACGCCGGUUUUAGCUUCUACUGCUUUGAGUCCCUGAAGUUCUUCUGCAUGAAGUAUCUACCCACGUCACUGUGUCGCAAGUGCGAGAGGAACACUGGCGGCCUAGUACUAACGGUGCCCGGCAAGCUGCUCUGUGGCGGUCUAGCGGGCGCGGUCGCUCAGAGCGUGUCAUAUCCGCUCGACGUCACUCGGCGACGCAUGCAGCUGGCCUGCAUGGACCCGGCCACCGCGCAGUUCGGCACCGGCAUGGUCCGAACGCUGACACUCAUCUACCGCGAGAACGGCAUCGCCAAGGGGCUCUACCGCGGGAUGAGCAUCAACUACAUCCGCGCCAUACCCAUGGUCGCCACAUCCUUCUCCACCUACGAGCUCAUGAAGCAACUGCUCCAACUUGAUACUGGCAUGAAGGUCGCGUAA